AUCAGUGAAGCUGCUGGAUCUGCCCGUCAGCCUGCGCCCCCACAAGCAGAAAGGCCUUCUGGAAAACAACAUGUCCACCAAGAGUCCCUUCAUCUACUCUCCCAUCAUCAUGCACACCAGAGGAGAGGAGCGCAACAAGAAGAUAGAGUUCCGGUGGGUCCAGGGAGAUGUGUGUGAGGUCCAGCUGAUGGUCUACAACCCCAUGCCCUUUGAACUCCGCGUGGAGCACAUGGGUUUGCUGACGUCAGGCGUGGAGUUUGAGUCCCUGCCUGCCGCCCUGUCUCUCCCUGCGGAGUCUGGGCUCUACCCCGUCACCCUGGUGGGGGUCCCACGCACCGCAGGCAACAUCAACGUCAACGGCUACCACACGUCAGUGUUCGGUGUGACCAGUGACUGUCUCCUGGAGGGUCUACCCAGUGUGAGGACCAGUGGCUGUAUGGUGGAGGUCAUUCCAUCAUUACCCCGUCUCCAGCUCAGUACCUCUCUACCACGGUCAGCCCACCCCCUCCGGCCCUCUAAAGAGGAGUUGUCCAGCAGUGUGUCUGUUCAGCUCUUUAACGGAGAGACACAGCGGCUGACCAUCACUCUGGAGAACAUCGGCGCUGAAGACUUGGAGACACUGGAGGUCACCUCCAAGACCUGCAAUACUAAAGAGAAGUUGUUUGGAGAGUUCCUGAGCUGGGACCUAGAGGAGGCUGUGUCUCAGCUGCCUCUGAAGCCAGGCCAGUCUGUCACCCUCACUGUUAACGUCAAAGUCAGACUGGACUUCUCUGGAGGAGAGAACCUGCUGCAGGACCUCAACGACGAUGGGAUCAGUGUGACAGGCCUUCCCAUCUCCAGCCCCCUGAGACAAGUCCUCAAACCCCGGGCCGAGACCAAGCCCCUGGGCAGCGAGUCCAGCAAGACAGACUACAACCACGUCAAGACGUUGGAAGCUGUGAUGACCUUUAAGUACUCGGGGGGAGCAGGCAAGGUGGAGGGCUACUAUCGGGACCUGUCCCUGGGAGUGCAUGUUGACAUAGAACCCUCUGUGUUCUUCACGAGAGUCAGCACACUACCAGCCACCAGAACCCGUCAGUGCCACCUGCUGCUGGACGUGUUCAACUCAACAGAACAUGAGCUGACGGUCAGCGCCAUCAACAACCAGGACCUGGUGCUGCACCCCUCAGAGUGUCAGAG